AUGCUCGCCAACUUCUUCAAGACGGCAAAGCCGCAACCACACUCACAGCCAAAGACUACUUUCGAAUCAGUGCAAGUUCCUGACCAAGAUAUGGAAGCCGCUUCUGAACAGCAGGCAACGACAGCAGUUGAACAGAACGUGGAAGACAAUGUACUCAGCAAUGGCAAUGCGGACUCACCAGUACACGCGGAUAUCGUGAUAGAACAGCCUGACUCCAACGAUGACUUAGCUCAAAUCCCGAAUACACAAAUCACGAGCGAGCCUAUGCACGUCGAUUCAGAUCAUGUCAGUGCCACAGCACUCUCAGAAGAUAUCAACCACGAUUCAUGUAUGGAUGCUGGGCGCGUUCAUUCUUCUCCAGACAUCACACCAUUGUGGAAUGACUGGGCAAUAUUUUCAGACGAUGACAACCAACCCAACGACCAUCACGGCAUCUUUGCUGAGCCACAGUCUGUUGGAGACACUAGUCGACACCUGGAACGCUCUCCAGCAAGGGCUGACCAGGACGAGUCCGAGGUUUCUGCACUUACCGCGCCAGUCUCGCCUGGUAAUCAACCCUUGGCUGCGACUGCCACCACUACGACCGGUUAUGCUGCUCCCACUUCCUCUUCGGAAUUUGUCGACCUUCCUACACUUCCCAUUCGUUCUCAGACCGCUAGUCCAAAAUGUGGCAGCCACUACACCUCCUUAGCGAACUGGCCACCUCCAGAGCCUGCAUCCUGUGACAAUGCUCAGCGCUUGGACAUCUAUCCACCUAAAGAUGCGCCACUGCACGUUUGGGUACAAGCGUAUGCUCUCAGGUGGGGUACCUGGACUGCUGAUAUCAAGGAUGAGGCAGUUCGUGAGCGAGUCCUGUCAGCUGUGACGGAGAAGAUGAAGGAAGCUUGGGUCACUGCAAUCACUGAAGGUUACUAUGCGCGCCCUACCAUUGAUGAGCAUCAACAUGAUAGUGAUGGCCAGACCAAGCCUGGUCGCAAACGAGCCAUCAGUCCCAGCAAGCAAGGUGCGGGCUUUGUUGUUAUCGAUGGUGGUAAAGACAAGCUUGCUAUCACAAAUGCGGAACUUGCUGAACACAGUCUUACGAUAGACGUGAUCAACGAAAGAGUCAAAUCUCGAGAUUUCGAGGCCGGUGAGCUUCGCUUCAACGAAGUACUAGAAGUCCUGGGCUCCCGCGACAUCGUCAUUACUGAUUGGAGUGCCACUCGCUAUCCAACUAUUCAAGGUCGAAAUCUUCUUAUGUAUGCUUUGUUUGUUGUACAAGACACUCGGACAAAUCUACGAAGGAUGCAAAACCUCCUCGAAAAAUUCACUAAAGAAGUGCAGAAGAAAAAUACGCUAGCUCGAAUCGAAACCUAUCAAGAACGCGAACUUCAACACCUGGCUCUGGCUACCGAACUAGCUCUUCAAGAGCGGUCUCGGUCGAAUUCAGAUGGCAGCGGCUACGCGAACGAUGCUGGCACAGUUGACUUGACGAGCGAGGUCGAUGAGGACGCGAGCGAGGAAGUCGAUCUGGUACAAGACCUUGGCUCCGAAGCUUGUGCUGCAGCCAAACACCUUCUCAUCGAGCUUGCACAGGACGUCCUGCAGGCCGAAAGUGAAGUGAAUGUUCAAAGAGCCUUUACGUCGCGUGAUCUCCAAUUGGCGACAUUCUCUGAGGAAGGGCUGAAGGUCGACAACAAUGAAGGAUUACAAACUGCUAAAGCGCUCCUAGGUCAAAUAUUGCAACACACUUCUCACCUGAUCACUACCAAGCAGCGUGUCAAGAACCAGCAUCCUAAUGAAAUCAUUCGCAUCGGCCACGACAUUCGCUUGACGAAACAGAAGAUUAGCAACCUUCAGCAGAAGCUACAUGUCUGUCUUUCUAAGGACUUGCAUGUCUCGAACGUGACUUAUCUUUCAGACCACGAUAGAACUGCAGCUACUCAAGAUAACAUCGAUCCUCAAUGUCCCAGUCUUCCUUCCUCGAGCCUGUCGACGGUAGGUGAUGCCCUUCACGACACUGAAAAGCAGUCUUCACCAGCUCCAGUCUCAAUGCCCACAAGGACACCUAAUCGAUCAACGAUCCAAUCAGCUUCAGCGAGGGAUUCGUUUCGCCCAAGCAACGAACAAGCAGGAAACAAACCAGCUCAGUACCACUCUCAGAUAUCACCAGGGAUGAGCCACACCACCACCUCGCCAUAUUCCCAAGUUGUUGCCAACCAGAGCGGUGUACCUCAGCAGGUCGCGCCUCCAACAGGUUCUGGCACAGCGUCUGAUCCAUCCCGCCUGAACCACAUUGAGGCCACCCUCAAGAGAGAGUAUAUUAAUCAGGUCUGGCUACCUUUCUUGAACCACACCCUGAUGCAGCAAGGCAAGCAGCCAGUUCAGGGAAGUCUGGAUUCAUGGAGACAGAUCAAAGAACUUCUCUCAGGUCUUGGAUUUUCUGCUGAGGAAAGAAACAACCUUCUCGGUAGCUUCAAGGCUAGAUUCGCACAGUAUUGUGAGCAAAGAGGUAUUCAUGUAACAGAUGGCACCAAAGCACAAUCAUCCACAUCAACAGCCACUACUGCUGCUUCCCCCAUACCAUCUUAUGCCUCUACUUCACAUCAACCAUCCACUAGCUGGCCUAGUGAUGCUGAGAUACUAGCCGCCAUACCACAGCGAGGUAUUCCAGCGAGUCAGCUGCUGCAGGCUUUUGCACCUCGACUCAACCAGAAGCAGUCUCAAUUCAUGGAGACCAUCAAAAGACUCUGUGUGUAUGAUCCAUCCAAUUACAUGGUGUAUCCUAAACAAACCCUUCCUCCUGCGAACCGCAAGUACAAUACCUUGCCACCAUCAGGUCAUUCCUCUCAAGCCACACUGCCGUCCCCAAAGCCAGAAAGACCAGGUCUCGUCAAGAUCAAGCUUCCACCUCAGCACUCCUCCAACUUCGCAGGUCUACCAGCACAAGAUGAGAGUGACUUUCCUGACGAUAUGAAAUCCGAAGAAGUCAACGAAAGUCGUGGCUUCUCUUUCCGACACCUCCCACACGCCACAUUCGAGCAACGACAGCGAAUGGAUGAAGAAAUCGGCGAGUACAUCUCCAAGAUGUGCAAGUCAAGAACGAAACGUCAUUACGGUCAAUACACGAUCUUCACUGAUCCUGACGACCCGUCUGGUCCUCCUGUUGCACAUGGGUUCUGGGAUCUCAGAGAUGGUAGCAAGCUAUCUGGUACGGAAUGGUUUUAUAAUGGUGAAGACAUGCCCGAGGGCUGGAACGCAUAUGGCAACGAUGGAGAUGCGGGGGACGCUCAAGUGCAACAGUCGUCCACUCCUGCAACACCUGCACCACGACUCACGCUCAAGGUUGGAGCGCCAGGAGAUUCAGUGCCAACAACACCACAGUCUGGUCGUCGAGGUGCACAGGCUGAACCAACCUUUGACUCCUAUAACAACCAACAACAACACUUCAAGAGUAUCCCUCCGCCCUCCCUCUACAACAUCCGAGGUCGAACACGACACAUGCAAGGUCAAGCCCAGCCCCAACAAUACAACUCCACAAACACAAACACGAACGCCAACACUAUCAACCCAGCCCAUCUCUUCACCUCUUCUAUCGAUCCAUUCGCCGAAUUCACCACCCAAGACGAAGACCAUGAAGCAGAAAUCGGGACAGGUCAGGCAAAUAAGAGAGCUGGUAAGAGAACUGCUUCUAACAGUGGAGGUGGAAGGAGGAAGAAGAGACGGACGGGCGAUGCUGAUGAUGCUGAUUAUGAUCCGAAUCAGGAUUAG